AUGGUGACUAGAGAAACACACGUGAGUCAUAUGAUGCUUCGAUCGUUGUGUGGUUGCCCCCAAAAUAAAGUCGAUGAUAAAGACGAGGUUGCUAUUAGAGAUUACCGUGAUACGGUUUUCAUCUAUGCUUCUCAUAACGUUCUUUCACGUUCGUUGAUUGGAACUUUGUUUCGAACGUUGGAGAAUAGAAACCUCAAACCAAGUGGGAUGAACAUGGUUAAAACCACUAAGGAGCUUGUACAGGUUUUUUCUCAAAUUAAACAUACCUGCAAAGGAGUUGGAUGCCAGUUCGAAUUUACAGAAAUCUGGGCUUUUGAAGAAAUCUACAGUACCUGAUG